UGCGAACGAGUGAAGAUGGCGGACUCGGUAGCGGCUGGCGUUGGGGAGGAAAAAGAAACCGAGAAUGAGGAUAAGGAGAGGGAGAAAAGGGCCUCUAACAACACCAACCGGUCCGAAAAGAGUGGUGGCCCCUCCGAAGUGACAGAGACCUUGGGAUUCUAUGAAAGAAACGCCAAUAAGAAGGACAAGAAGCGUAAUCUCUCUGAUCUUUCCCUGGUGCGCUUCAUCAGUGCUGAGCUGACCAGAGGCUACUUUCUGGAACACAAUGAGGCCAAAUACACAGAGCGCAGGGAGAGGGUCUAUACCUGCCUACGCAUCCCCAAAGAGCUGGAAAAGCUGAUGACGUUUGGCUUCUUCCUGUGUCUGGAUGCGUUCUUGUACGUGUUCACUCUGCUGCCUCUCAGAGUGCUGCUGGCCCUCAUCCGGCUGCUCACACUGCCCUGCUGUGGACUCAGUGGGUCCCGUAUCCUGCAGCCGGCGCAGGUGUGUGACGUGCUGAAGGGUUUCAUCAUGGUGCUGUGCUACUCCAUGAUGCACUAUGUGGACUACUCCAUGAUGUACCACAUGAUCCGGGGCCAGUCCGUCAUCAAGCUCUACAUCAUCUACAACAUGCUGGAGGUGGCAGACCGCUUGUUCUCCUCCUUUGGCCAGGACAUCCUAGAUGCCCUGUACUGGACGGCCACCGAGCCCAAGGAGAGGAAGAGGGCACAUAUUGGCGUCAUCCCUCACUUCCUGAUGGCGGUACUCUAUGUGUUCCUGCAUGCCAUCCUCAUCAUGGUGCAGGCCACCACCCUCAACGUGGCCUUCAACUCCCACAACAAGUCCCUGCUCACCAUCAUGAUGUCCAACAACUUUGUAGAGAUAAAAGGGAGUGUGUUCAAGAAGUUUGAGAAGAACAACCUGUUCCAGAUGUCAAAUAGCGACAUCAAGGAAAGAUUUACCAACUACGUCCUGUUGUUGAUCGUGUGUCUACGGAACAUGGAGCAGUUCUCAUGGAACCCAGAUCACCUAUGGGUGCUGUUCCCUGAUGUCGUCAUGGUGAUCGCUUCGGAGAUGGCCGUGGACGUGGUCAAGCAUGCUUUCAUCACCAAGUUCAAUGACAUCACAGCUGAUGUCUACAGUGAAUACCGAGCCAGUCUGGCUUUCGACCUUGUCAGCAGCAGGCAAAAAAAUGCCUACACGGACUACAGUGACAGCGUGUCGAGGAGAAUGGGUUUCAUUCCCCUUCCACUGGCAUUACUGCUCAUCCGGGUAGUGACCAGCUCCGUCAAAAUCCAGGGAUCCUUGUCCUAUGUGUGUGUGCUGCUCUUCUACCUGGGUAUGAUCACUCUGAAGGUGUUGAACAGCAUAGUGCUGCUGGGGAAGUCCUGUCUGUACGUGAAGGAGGCCGACAUGGAGGAGAAGCUCUUCCAGACUCCGCCCUCAGCCGCCCCCAGCAGAGCCUCCAGCAGAGCCCACCGAGCCAAACACACCAGCAGCCCGCCAGGCGACCCAGCUGAUGAGGAGGUGUCCACGUCCAUCACCACGCAGCCGGUGCACCAGGAGGAAUGCCCCGCCCCUCACCUGCCCAGCAGCGAAUCGGAUCAGUUCCUCACCACGCCCGACGACACCGAGGAGAAAGACAUUGGACAGGACGGCAUGGAACUCAAACACAGGGCGCCCAAGAAAGACCUGCUGGAGAUCGACCGUUUCACCAUCUGUGGCAAUCGCAUAGACUGAGACGCGCACACGGACAUGCCCCCACUCACAUGAUUGAGCUGGUUGGG